AUGAGCAAGGUGUCCGUCAUAUUCGCUUUAAUGGUGAUUUUAGUGGCGUUUGUUGGCGACUCAUGCCAAUACGUUUCUGCACCAACAUGUUUCGGUCAACCUUGUCCGGCUAGUACAACAAGUUGCAAAGAACAUAGGCAGUCCAGUCAAGAUCGAACACGUAUUGAAGUCCAGAUUACUUGUUUGGACGAAUUUGAUGCAAGUGUUAAAGAUUACCAUUUUGAAGAGCCAAGCCAUAUGGAUCGAUACACAUUCUACAAAAAUACCAAAUACGAAUCCAUCAAUGAGGGAAUUUCUCAUGCGGAUCCGUACAAAAAUAGGCCUCUGGAUUUGACUCCAUAUGAUCAACAACCUGAGUACUUUUAA